AUGAAUGUGCAAGCACAAGGCAUCAAAGUAGCUGUGUUAUCACCUACAGCGAAUGAGGAGUUUUAUCUUGGCGAGAAACUGUUCUUUGACUAUGCCCCUUUGGAUAGUAGUAUCAAGCAACUGAAUAUAUUCAUGGACAGUUUUGGGAAAAUCAACUCUGAAGUUGCUAUCAAAUUAGUAGCAGACAUUUCAAAGGCACCAAAUGGGACUUAUAAUGCGAAUGAUCAUACCUAUAACAAAUACUCGCUAUAUUAUACAAUCCCUGCAAGCUUGCCCAUAGAAAAUGAAGCUUUUCAGAUUUCAUUUGAAACAUCGGAAGGCGACAUUGUCAUUCCCAUCAAGAUAAAAGCCCCAUUGCCAGCCACGACAACAAGUGCUCAGGUAUCAACGAGUGUUGCCGUACAUGUAACCGAGAUCAUUUUGCCAACAACCACGGUUACUGCAAACAGCACCACUGUGAUUCACACAGCCUCGCCUCUAGACAUGGUCACCAGGUCAGCGUUAUUAAACAGUGUAACAUCGAUGAUGAGCACCGCAACACAUUCAAGUGCUACUCCUGCUACUCCUGCUGCAUCAUCCUCACAGACCCCGGUAUCAUCUGUAUCAAAUAUAAGCACAUCAUCAUUCCCUCAACCCGUUUCUUCUUCUUCUUUCUCUCCUACUUUAUCCCUCUCUCUUAAUCCAUCCACAUCUUCCGCAUCUUGGACUGGACUAUUCUCAGCAAGUCUAAUAGCAAGCACCACACCUAUACCACCUGAUCCCGAAAGCUUCAUGCAAUCCUCUGCUGCUAGAAAUUACAUGCAAAACAGUGAAUUUUCAUUCAUUGCUGCAACGUUGCUUGCAUUACUGUUGGUGCGAUUGUUACUGGUUUAA